GCAAAACGCGAAUCGCACCUUGUCCUUGUGCUUCUCUCCCCAGCUCAUGGUGAACUGGAUUUGGAUUGCUGGAGGCAUUGAGUGAAUCAGGGGUUCGUUGACCUUGGAUCUUCAUUGGGUGCACAAGGUGGAGGGGCAUUGAAUGACGUAUUUCUCAUUCCAACAAACAACCAAAUGAUGAGUCACAGGUGCAUCGGGACGAUAUUCUUUGAAACACACACAAUUUAACGCCUCCUUGAAAACCGUAUCAUCUACGAUAAGUCUCAUGCACUGAAAAGGGUAACGAGAACCCGCGCAAAAAUGAGUGACCUUCCUGGUGCUGUGUUGGAGUGGUCAACAGACCAAGUGGAAAAUUGGCUGAGAAAAUGUGGCCACAGUGAUUAUGUCAUUCAUCUUCUUUGUGAUGAGCACAAAAUCGAUGGCAAAGCGUUGUUAACCCUGACAGAAAAUGACCUCAAGUCUCCCCCUGUCAGCAUGAAGAUUCUGGGUGAUAUUAAAAGGUUGUCGACUGACUUGAGAUUAUUGCAAAAGAAAAAUUUUUCGUGCCUCGAAGACCUAGGCCUGUCUUUUGGCCCUACCGUCCAGGCGUACUCAAGACUUAAAUUAACUAACUUGGAUGAAGCGAAUGGCUACCCCAAUGAAGAUAAAUCCCUUUAUGAUGAACCCACUCAACCUUUAGGGAAGAGGGAGAGCAGAGCCUUAUACCUGCCGCCUGAAUUUGGCAAGACGUUCCUCAGCAUGGCCUAUCUGUUUGUGGUCACUUGGAUCACGGCCUUUGUGAUGGUUAUCGUGCACGACCGAGUGCCUGACAUGAAAAAGUAUCCUCCCCUGCCUGACAUUUUUUUAGACAACGUUCCAACGAUUUCUUGGGCGUUUCACAUGUGCGAGGUCACAGGCUCCUUGCUCCUGCUAAUUUGGGUUGCUGUGCUAAUCACUCACAAGCACCGGUUUAUUCUUCUCCGGCGUUUUUUCGCAUUGAGUGGCACAGUGUUCCUCCUGCGUUGCAUUACCAUGCUGAUCACCUCACUGUCUGUGCCAGGGACGCACCUUGAAUGCAACCCCAGGGUAUGGGAGGAGCAAGCUAAAAGGGGUCAGCCAUACGGAGACCUAUGGGCGAAAAUCCAGCACGCGUACGUCAUCUGGAGGGGAGCAGGGAUGUCAAUCCAAGGAGUGCGGACCUGCGGUGACUACAUGUUCAGUGGGCACACCGUUGCUCUCACCAUGCUCAACUUUUUCAUUACUGAGUAUACACCUCGACGGAUGUAUUUCUUGCACACAUUCAGCUGGCUCUUGAAUAUGUUUGGAAUUUUCUUCAUACUCUCUGCACAUGAGCAUUACUCAAUUGAUGUUUUCAUCGCCUUCUACAUUACAUCGCGUCUGUUCCUCUAUUAUCACACUUUGGCCAACAACCAGGCUCUGAUGCAACGCGACUCGGGCAGGACCAGAGUUUGGUUCCCACUCUUCAGUUUCUUUGAAUCCUCUGUGGGUGGCAUCGUGCCAAAUGAAUUUGAGUGGCCCUUUACCACUGAACAACUGAAAGCCUGGAUUAUGCCUUUGAUGAUGUCUGUUUUGGCCGCGCUGAUAGCACUGCGGCACAAAGGACCACUUGCAGCUAAGCAAAACUGAGAGCCGGCUCUUAUGAGUAUUACUCUGAUUGCAUUUAUGCCAAACUCUUUAAUCGAACAGUCCGUGCUUUCGCCAACACACAGUACUUGGAGAAACGGCAGCUAACUAAGUGAAUUUUAUUACGGACGGAUUAAGCUUUAAAAUUCACUGAGAAAGUAUCUAGCGUUUGCAUUAUCUCUAGUAUUUUAAACCUCUAAAUCUACAAAUCUCCUACAAUUUUAAAUCAAAGAAUUCGCAAUAAUUUAUUCUACAAUUCCGAAAUAUACAUACACUUCACCAAAGUUUCAAUGUAGCUCUUAAUUAUUUAUCAUACUCGACUGUUAAUGUUCUAGCAAAGGAAGUCUCCCAAUUUUAUAAUAUGCACUGAAGCGCCAAGAGACACAACGUCUUGUACUGUUUUUUCUUACUACUAGAUAUAAGAAUAUAGGCCUACACUCUAGCGAUUGAUACAGUAAAUAUAUUACGUCUGUCGGUGGUUACAAUUUAUAAUGGCGACAGACUCCCUGGUCAAACCAAGGUAUAUUACGUUUAUUACAGUAAUUUAUUGUUAUGGAGUAUUGUGCCGAGGAACAAAUAUUCUUGAUUUGUUAUUAUUUUCAGAAAGGUAGUCUUUUAAAUUUGCACAGGCUAUGAAAGUGACUGAAAUAAUGGAACGCUGGUGAAAUUCAUUUCAUCGUUUUUUGUUUGUGAUGAAACUAGUAUAAUAAUUUGUUUAUUGUUGAUCACUGCUCACUUGCUUAAUUUUUGAAAAUGAUAAAUGAUAUAAUAAAACACUUCCAAUAAUAAAAUAUA